AUGAGCAUCGAUCCAGUCAUGCAGGUCGAGGACAAGAUUGCCCCUGGCCCUUCUGCCAACAACGACAAGCCAGCUGUAGAAGAGACAAUUAUUCGUCAAACCAUAAUCACAACCACAGAAGACGAGGCUCAUGAGCACAUCGCAGCCUCAAAUGGUAGCGCCAGCGCUGCUACUUCACCUACCACUGGCGCUGCCUCGCGACCACGACUCAAGAAGGACAACAGCACGCCAAACAUGAACGGUCCCCUUUACAUGCAAACCGCCGGUAACAAGACGGUGCUUGUCCGCCGACUUAAGCGCAAGGAGGAGAGCACCUGGAAGCACCUCUCGCGCUGGUUUGUCGAGAACCAGAUCGGACUCUCUUUCAAUCUUCUCGCUCUCAUCUUCCUCGCCCAGACUUUCAUCCCCAAAGCUCGCGACUACACGCAGAAGUUCUUCCAUCUUAGCUACCACAACUCUCAAUCCGGACAAUAUCGCAUUGGCUACGACGAUGCCUACUUUAUCACCUUUUGCAUCAUUCUUUUCACCGGUCUCCGCGCUGCUACCAUGGAAUACGUCCUCGCGCCUAUUGGCAGAUGGCAGGGUGUUGAUAACCGCAAGAACUUGACUCGCUUCAGUGAACAGGCUUGGCUCAUGGUGUACUAUACCGUUUUCUGGCCUUGGGGAGUGUACAUUUAUUGCACCUCUCCUCACUACAUGAGCAUGGAGAACCUGUGGACCGACUGGCCCAACCGCGAGCUCGAUGGAAUCAUGAAGGCCUACCUCCUUUGCCAGUGGGCUUUCUGGUUGCAGCAGAUGAUUGUCAUCAACAUUGAGGAGCGCCGCAAGGAUCAUUGGCAGAUGUUCACUCACCACAUCGUCACCACCGCCCUGAUCUUUGCUUGCUACGCUUACCACCACACCCGUGUCGGUAACUUCAUCCUCGUCAUCAUGGAUGUUGUUGAUCUCUUCCUUCCUCUUGCCAAGUGUCUCAAGUACUGUGGUUACAAGAAGAUCUGCGACGUCAUGUUCGGUCUAUUUGUUGUUUCUUGGUUCUUCGCCCGCCAUGUCUUGUACAUCGCCGUCUGCUGGUCUAUCUACUCCGAUACCCCUCGAAUUAUGCCCACCGGCUGCUUCAAAGGCAACAACGAGAACAUGAUUGGUCCUCUCAACCCUCCAGCUGGCUGGGGAUACCUCGUCGAACCCUUCAUCAACCCUCAAGGCCUCGUCUGUUACAACGAGACUGUCAAGUGGGGUUUCCUCGGCCCUCUUCUCUUCCUCCAGGCCAUCACCAUCGGCUGGUUCACAAUGAUCGUCCGCGUCAUUGUCAAGGUCCUCAAGGGUGGCGAUGCCGAGGAUGUCCGAAGUGACGACGAGGGUGGUGAGGAGGAAGAGGAGGAGGAGUUUGUUUACGAGGAGGCCCAGCCUUUGGAGGAGGAAGUCGGCGUCGAGGCGCUUGACCUUCGCAACUGGGAGCGCCGAUCGGGCGUCAAGAAGCAAGCCAGCAGUUCUGGAGUCAGCCUACCCGGCCACAGCGAUCGAAAGGAGUUGCUGGGUCGCAUUGGCUGCGAGAAGCAGGUCGACUAAACGAAGAAAUGAGUUGGGAGUUUUACGGCAUUCCACAUCACAUGAUCCUCGUUCAGCAUCCAAGAGAUGCCUCGCAUUUUUGAACCUUUUUUCCGGUACCUUUUUUGUUUUUUGGGCUUGCAUUUUUGAAAGGGAUGUUUUCCCUCGGUCUUCUUUUUCUUGUUGCUACGACUUAGUUGGUAGAAGGUGAUCGGAUAACGAUCGAGGCCGGAGACCUCGUUACGGUACUUUUGCAUUGGAGAGCUCCGCUAAAGAUAGACGGCUGCCACUAGAGAUGACGAUUGUUUCUUCUGCAACGAAGACAGAAAAAAAAGUUCUUUUUUGGUGAUGAAUUUUGCGGGGCUUUGGAUGAGAAUCAUUGAUCAUCUAUCUGUCUGCUUGGCUGACCAAGAGAAGAAGGAUAGCCCUAUAAUUAUGCGAAUGAUACCUUGAUUAAUGCUGACAAUACAAUAUGUUAAAGU